AAGGGAUGCUCACCUCUGACCAGGAAUAUGCCCACUCCCAGAUUGGACACAUUUGAGGACGAGGACUGGUCCGCCGGGUAUUGAUUGGUCUCCCGCUGGACUUCUUCAACUAGACUUGAGAUUGUCAUCUCAAGACAAGAUCAAGGCAAAUACGCAGCUUCAGCCAAAUUUUGGCAUCUGCCGAAGAGGAGCGCUGACUUUGACCGUGUCUGGAAGCACUUGACGGCAAUGGCGUGCACUCCUCAGAUUCGGCCGGUCUUUGCCGUCUAACCCGAGCCCAAACAGGAAGUCGGUUAUGGGACGUUGAGCGAUGACGACGGGAGACGAGCGGCGGCGGACGGCGGAGGAGUCGUAAUGAUCAUGUGGCCCCCGAGAGGAUGAUCAGCUCAGCGGCGGCCCGUCCGGAUCGCUCAGCCGCCUCGUCUCAGGUGAUUAGGGAAAGCCCGCCGGACGCCGAGUCAGCACACUCGCACGCUGAGAUGACCCAGGAACAGUGCAGUCAUAGGAACAAUGUCCAGAGUUCUGAGCAAGCGCAAGUGUACAAAGUGGGAAUCUACGGCUGGAGGAAACGCUGCCUUUACUUCUUUGUGCUGCUGCUGAUGAUCCUCAUCCUGGUCAACCUGGCGCUCACCGUCUGGAUCCUCAAGGUCAUGAACUUCACCAUCGAUGGCAUGGGCAACCUGAGAAUAACAGAGAAGGGCCUCAAGCUGGAAGGCGACUCGGAGUUCCUUCAACCUCUCUAUGCCAAAGAAAUCCAGUCCAAACCGGGUCGCCCCCUGUACCUGCAGUCGUCCCGAAACGUAUCGGUCAACAUCGUCAACAGCAACAACCAGCUGCUCACGCAACUCGUAACAGGAUCCGGUGGGUUCAAAGCGCGAGGCAAGAUGUUUGAGGUCAAAUCCACAUCCGGCAAACUCCUCUUCUCGGCCGACGAGCAGGAGGUGGUGGUGGGCGCCGAGAGGCUCCGGGUGAUGGGCGCCCAGGGAGCCGUGUUCAGCAAGUCGGUGGAGACGCCGCACGUCCGGGCCGAGCCUUUCAAGGAGUUGCGGCUGGAGUCUCCCACCCGCUCCCUGCUCAUGGAGGCCCCCAAAGGCAUCCAGAUCCUGGCCGAGGCCGGGGACAUCCAAGCCAUCUGCAGGAACGAGCUGCGACUGGAGUCCAAAGACGGAGAGAUCUCGCUGGACGCCCGCCGCAUCCGCCUGAUGCGUCUGCCGGAGGGCAAGGCGUCCACCGCCGGCGCCUCGUCGUCCGGCACCAGGCAGACGGUCUACGAGGUUUGCGUUUGCCCCAACGGGAGACUUUUCCUCUCCCAGGCCGGCACCGGAUCCACCUGCCAAAUCAGCAACAACGUCUGCCUCUAGGAUUAGAGACACGGGGACUCGCACGGGAACUGAUCACGGAGGCCCUGAUCCGUAGUUUUCGAAAUAAGCGGGGCAGGGGGCGGAGCCUCUGGACGCUGUAUUUAUUACGUCAUAUUCCGGGAAUUCAAUCAGCUCGACUAACUGAAACUAAUGUGUUUGUUUGUUUUAUGUUCCUCCUUGCUCCUCCGGACAGAUUGUUGGGAAUAUCCAAGAGGAAUAAUUGCUUUGAAAUGGCGUGACCCUAAACUGCCAUACACACGUUUUGUCACAUGAGCCCGGCCGGAGAGGUGAGAGACUCCGAUCAGGUGAGAGACUCCGAUCCGGUGGCCGAGCCCCGCCCACUCUCCCGUGGCUUUGGAAUUGUGCUUUUUGGUCACUUUGAGGAUUUACUGCGACACCACUGAUGUAUUAGACUGCCACCCUAAUGUCAAGCUAACGUUGUUGUUGUUGUUGUUGUUUUUUUUAAUCUUACCCUUGAGUUUUCAAACAUUGUUUAAAAAAAAAACAGAAAGCAUUUGCAUUCAAGCACAUUGUAAUGCUGGAUGCUCUCUCAAAGCGACAAGCUCCAAUUUCAGGUUCCCAUUGCCAGAUGCUUUCGAGUUUGUGGAUAAAUGAGGUUGCUAUCCUUGUUCAAAACGCUGGAAGGUUGAGCGCGGGCUGAAAUUUUGAAAGCAUUUGCGUAUUUUCCCACGCUCCCGUGCGCUCUUAGCCAAACAAGCGGCAGGUAUAUAAAGGUGUCCUCGGUUUGAAACUAGGUCGGGGGGUUUCAGCGUAGUAAAACUACGAGAGCCCACUCGAGUUUUCACUGUCUCUGAGACAAACGGCGGAAGCGACAGAGGAUGUGUCACCGAAAAACGGAUUAAACGUCAAUAGGAAAACUACUCCAAAAAACCCGAAAGCCUGCGGUGAGGGAUUUGUGUGUGCCCAGCCAACAUCCUGGCGAAUUACGCGACACGGUUCCGACAAAAUAUGCGACUCGUGCCGAAAUGUCCCCGUUUUGUUUUCCCUUUUCCGUCGUGCCACCAUCUCAGCUCCAGUUUGGUGGCAAUUGUUUGGACUGCGAUGCGUUCUCCAGCUGUGGUCAGCCCUUCUUGUUUCUUGCACAAGGAGGAAGUGCGCCUGUGCCUUCCUUACACUUGUGGCAAAAAGAAGCACAUCAUCAUCAUCAUCACCACCACAUGGCCUCCACUUUGCCGCCAUCCCAACGCAACGAGCAUCCGGAAUUCAUCAUGUCCCAAAAUCUCAUGUCCUCAAAUAAUGCGCAAAAGGUUAAAUAAAUCAAGAGCCGCUACGGCUUGCCACAUUGAGAUCAUCAUCAGGCAACGAUCGCUCAACACCAAGAAGAGGGAGUUGACGAGCUACUAAUCAAUCAAUAAUUGGCCACUAUUUGAGGAAAUGCGGUCUUUUUUCAAUUUGUACACUCUGUGUUAUGCCUUUUGAGUUGAAUCGUGUGCACAGUUUCUCACAAUUGUGUGUGUGUGUGUGUGUGUGCGUGCUGAGUGUUAAAUGUGUGCUACUUUGACUUUUGACCUUUGGUUUGGUUUUUCUGCCCAAACUCAAAAGACGACCAAGAAGGGAAGCGACGCUUGGAUUGAAAUCGGCUUGGUUUUUUUGGGUUUAUUCUUCAGUCCAUAACUUGACAACCAUGGACGUUUUUUUUCUUUGUUUGUUUUUUUAAACGUGCCAGAAUAAAGAGGCAUUGUUCAGAAUGCUCGCACUGGUCA